AUGCACCCCCAAACCCAAACUCAACCCCGACCCCGCUACCGCGGCCACUCAACCUACCAAAAACACACCCAACCCGCCUACAACCACGAAUACCACAUCGGCCACGGCCCCAACCAUCUCGGCACCGUCGACGCCGUCACAGACGCAACAACCGCAAAGCUAAAACCCUACAGCCUAAAGUCCAUCGCGCUCUCUCGAAACCCUCAGCGCCGACAAACAAGCACGCAGACGCUCCUCUCUGAAAUCGCGCACUUAAAAGAUCUGCAUCAUAAACACCUCACUGCUCUAAUCGCGACAUUCACGCACGAGGACCCGUAUAACCCGACUUUCGGGAUCGUCACAGCCCCACUGGCGGAAUGUGAUCUGGAGGAUUACUUCGGCUCGUUCUGGGAUGAGAAGAGCAAGCAGUAUCAGGCGUUUGCGGCGGGGUGGUUCGAGUGUCUUGUUAGCGGGCUGGAGUAUCUGCAUCGCAAUGGCGUCGUGCAUGGGCGCGUGAAGCCGAGGAAUAUCCUCGUUAGGGAGGGGGAGGUGCUCUUCACGGAUUUCGGGAUCGAGAGGAAACGGUGCGAGAUUAAGAUCAAGGAUCCAACGGGGUUUGGUUAUGAGGGGUAUGAGGGGACAUCGACGGGCCGGGUGACGGUGGAUUAUGCGGCGCCGGAGGUCCUGGCGCAGGAGUUUGCUGCGAGGACGAUGACGAAGACGCAGGCGUUGACGGCUGUGGCGGCUACGACUACGCAAGCAGCAGAUAUCUUCUCGCUCGCUGCGAUAUUCCUUGAGAUCCUGAUUGUCUACCUUACGCCCAAUGCGCUUGACGCAUUUCGGGCCCGUCUGGCGAAGACUCAAGCCUCCAUGACCGUCGGCCAUAAGCACAAGGGCGACAAAGCAAACAUGCACCUCUCCUACUCCAGUCAAACAACGCUCGCAAUGCGUAUUGUCCGAGGAACUGUCAUCGGGAGCGGCUCGCCAAUCACGGGCGAGUUAAACUCCGUCCUUGACCUCUGCGAAGAGAUGCUGAAUACAGAUCCGCACGCUCGGCCGACUGCCGCUGGUCUAGGCUGGUGCUGGACGUACGGACAUUUCUUGCCUCCUUCAUCAUGCGGCGUCACACAUUACCCGUGGCGAUAUCUCCCGAAGGCUAAUGCGGAGCCGGUUAUUGGGACGAGGAUUGAGACUGCGACUGCGAGUGUCUUGGAACAAGUCUUGGAGGCCCAUGAAUGGGCGAAAGCGAGGGCGAUAGUUUGGUUGAACAAGGUACCCCUUCAUGACGGGAGGCUUAUUUUGCAGAUGGCGAGGGAUCGAAACGACAAAGAGGUUUUGAAGUAUCUGGAACGGAAUCUGAUUAACAAUUUCUGA